CUGAGAGAAGCAAGCAACACAAGAAAGAGAAUCAUUUGAUGGAAGAAAAGAAAAAGAAAAAACAAGAAGAAAAGAUCAAGAAGGACAUCGCUCAGAAGAAGGCUGCUGAACAGAAACCCAAAGAUGUUGGUGUCCUUGCCCAAACCUGCUGCACACGUCCAGUAUGCACACGUUCAUAGUUUUGUGCUACAAAUCCCUACGUCUCAAAAAUACACACCCACAGCGCAGUGGAGUGAAAUCCAGAGUGACGUCUGGUGUGCCCGCAGCAGCAGGCAGUCGAGCGUGAGGGCAUCCUGACAGAACACUGUGUGUUGUGGCUCAAAGGUGCGGUGGGGAGAAGUGGUGAAGGCAAACGAGAGAAGCAUGGAGAAAGGCGUUCAGCUAUGUGUAAUGCCUCGGGACGAAGGUUAAAAAAACAGUGUCCUCACUUACCCUUGGUUUUGUAUUUAAAUGCAGACAUAGACUAGGUAUUUGUGUGGGCUUUUAAUUGAGAAGGGGGUUUCUCUUUGGGUUCAGGGAGAAGUUAAAGUGGAUUAAUGCAUACUGUGCAGUACAUACAUGGAUUAAAUAGUAUUUUUGACAAUCCCAAUUGUGUAUAUACAGACCCAGACUUUGUCGUUAUUGAUACCUGUAAUUUGACAAGCUCAACUUUUGGGUGCUUUUCAGGAGCCUUUCUGCCUGCUUUUCUGAUCACUAUAAUAGUGAAUGUACAACCCCAAUUCCAAUGAAGUUGGGACAUUGUGUUAAACAUAAAUAAAAACAGAAUACAAUGAUUUGCAAAUCAUGUUCAACCUAUAUUUAAUUGAAUACACUACAAAGACAGUAUAGUUAAUGUUCAAACUGAUCAACUUUAUUGUUUUUAGCUAAUAAUCAUUAACUUAGAAUUUUAUGGCUGCAACACGUUCCAAAAAAGCUGGGACAGGUGGCAAGUUGAGAAAUGCUCAUCAAACACCUGUUUGGAACAUCCCACAGGUGAACAGGCUAAUUGAGAACAUGUGGGUGUCAUGAUUGGGUAUAAAAGGAGCUUCCCUGAAUUGCUCAGUCAUUCACAAGCAAAGAUGGAGCGAGGUUCACCUCUUUGUGAACAAGUGCGUGAGAAAAUAGUCCAACAGUUUAAGGACAAUGUUCCUCAACGUACAAUUGCAAGGAAUUUAGGGAUUUCAUCAUCUACGCUCCAUAAUAUCAUCAAAAGGUUCAGAGAAUCUGGAGAAAUCACUGCAUGUAAGCGGCAAGGCCGCAAACCAAAAUUGAAUGCCCGUGACCUUCGAUCCCUCAGGCAGCACUGCAUCAAAAACUGACAUCAAUGUGUAAAGGAUAUCACCACAUGGGUUCAAGAACACUUCAGAAAACCAGUUCGGCGCUACAUCCGUAAGUGCAACUUGAAACUCUACUAUGCAAAGCAAAAGCCAUUUAUCAACAACACCCAGAAACGCCGCCGGCUUCUCUGGGCCCGAGCUCAUCUAAGAUGUACUGAUGCGAAGUGGAAAAGUGUUCUGUGGUCUGACGAGUCCACAUUACAAAUUGUUUUUGGAAAUUGUGGAUGUCGUGUCCUCCGGGCCAAAGAGGAAAAGAACCAUCCGGACUGUUAUGGACGCAAAGUUCAAAAGUCAGCAUCUGUGAUGGUAUGGGACUGUGUUAGUUCCAAUAAACAUGGGUAACUUACACGUCUGUGAAGGCACCAUUAAAGGUACAUACAGGUUUUGGAGAAACAUACGCUGCCAUCCAAGCACCGUCUUUUUCAUGGACGCCCCUGCUUAUUUCAGCAAGACAAUGCCAAACCACAUUCUGCACAUUUUACAACAGUGUGGUUUUGUAGUAAAAGAGUGUGGGUACUAGACUGGCCUGCCUGCAGUCCAGACCUGUCUCCCAUUGAAAUUGUGUGGCGCAUUAAUGUAUAUAGUGUAAAAUACGAUAACGGAGACUCCGGACUAUUGAACAGCUGAAGCUGUACAUCAAGCAAGAAUGGGAAAGAAUUCCACCUACAAAGCUUCAACAAUUAGUGUCUUCAGUUCCCAAACGUUUAUUGAAUGUUGUUAAAAGAAAAGGUGAUGUAAACAUGACCCUGUCCCAGCUUUUUUGGAAUGUGUUGCAGCCAUAAAAUUCUAAGUUCAUGAUUAUUUGCUAAAAACAAUAAAGUUUAUCAGUUUGAACAUUAAAUAUCUUGUCUUUGUAGUGUCCAUCCAUCCAUUUUCUGAGCCGCUUCUCCUCACUAGGGUCACGGUCGUGCUGGAGCCUAUCCCAGCUAUCAUCGGGCAGGAGGCGGGGUACACCCUGAACUAGAUGCCAGCCAAUCGCAGGGGACAUACAAACAAACAACCAUUCGCACGCACACUCACACCUACGGGCAAUUUAGAGUCUCCAAUUCAUGCGUGUUUUUGGGAUGUGGGAGGAAACCGGAGUGCCCGGAGAAAACCCACGCAGGCACGGGGAGAACAUGCAAACUCCACACAGGCGGGGCCGGGGAUUGAACCCCGGUCCUCAGAACUGUGGGGCUGACGCUCUAACCAGUCGCGCACCGUGCCACCGUAUUUGUAGUGUAUUCAAUGAAAUAUAGGUUGAACAUGAUUUGCAAAUCAUUGUAUUCUGUUUUUAUUUAUGGUUAACACAACGUCCCAACUUCAUUGGAAUUGGGGUUGUAUGAAUGCAAGGAAUACGUAUGGUCACAUAUAUUAAAACUCCUCCCAUGUGACACAUCUCACCCAGUCAAAUCGUUGCCUCCAAGCAGGCGAACGGUGAUAACUCCAAGGAAGACAGUUCAGAAUAACAAGAUAACAUAGCCCUCAAGGAGGCCUUGAUCAAAAGUAUGAAUUUGAAAAAUGUUUUCCUUCCAGUUCAGUAUGAAUAUCAACAAUAACAGCUUUUGGAAUGCUGCCUUUUUUUUUUUUUUUUUUUUUCAGUACUAGUUGGUGAUGACAAAAUAUUUGGUACUGAAUUAUAAUACAUGCAAUAUCAUAUGAUCUUCUGGAUCACUGCUGGAACUAGACCUGAUAGUCACGCAAUCAUUCUUAUUAUUCUUUAUUUAUUUUCAAAACAAAUGAUCCCCAUUUGGGUUUUAUAUACUGUAAUACCACAAGUGUAUCCAGUGUUUCUGAAAGGAGUGACGCAGAAAAGGCUUUUCAAGGUCGCAAAGGGAUCAGUCUGAUGUUUGCGCAGACUAGAGCAGUGUUUCCCCACAGUGGCAUUCGGGGAAGGAGGCAGAUCUCUUUUUGCGCAUCGAUGUAUACAAACAAAAAAAUAGUUAGAUUUAGGUUGAUUUGGAUUUUAAUAGAAUACUGUACUUUUCUUUUAUUGGAUGCUAAUAAUAAAGUAAAUUUAACAAGAAAUGAAUGUUGAGUUUUAAUAAAACACCGACUAACAAGAAAUUCAAUACAAAAUUACAUUCGCUAACCUUUAUGAAUACAAAUACAUUAAUCUAAACUGUAGUAGCAAACACUUAGCAAAUAAUUUAAAGGAAAUUCCAAUAAAAAUAUAAUGGCUUACUUAAAUACAGAAAGAACUAAAAUAAGUAAGAAAUCAAAAGAAGUAACAAGUGAUAAAUCUUCUUGCAGCAUUCGCACUCUUCACUGGAGCAUUUAGCAUUCUGCACAAUCGACAAAACAUCCCUAAAACAUGGCAAUGAUAAAAUUACCAAAUGAACAACAACAAAAAACACACGCUUAUUAAUAACAGAAAGUAUAAUGCAGCUACUAAAUUGUGUCACAUACUGCCAUGAUGACUUCUUAAAAUGAGGCAUUCAGAGCCACUCUGGGUCAAAUGCAGUAGUUGUUUAUUGUUUGCUGAUGCAGUCAUAAGAGAAAAUAAAUUGGGACCAGCCUUGUGUUAAGUGCUGAGUCUCACCUGUUGCUUCUGAACUAGCAGACUCUACAGCACAGGUGUCAAACUGGUGGCCCGGGGGCCAGAUCCGGCCCGCAACAUCAUUUUAUGUGGCGAAAGCAAAUCACGUGUCGACUUCAUGUUUCUUGUGAAAAUACCAAAAUUGGUGUCUUUACUGUAUAAUGUUGAGAUAUUGCAAGCAUUGUAUGUUACCAAUCACCUUUUUUCAAAUAAAAGUAAUAAUAGUUGAAAGUGUUUUAUUGGGUUCUGAUUUGAAAACUAGUUAUCCAUCAAUAUUUUAGAUGGGUUCACAGUCAUAAUGGCCCUCCGAAGGAAGCCAUAACUACAAUGUGGCCCGCUACAUAAAUUAGUUUGACACCCCUGCUCUACAGGCUCACUUGAAAUAAUUUUCAAUAGUCAUCUGUGUGAAUAACAUGUCAUUUGCGUCAACUAAGGAGCAGAACCGCUGCAUGCGAUACAAACAUAGCGCGAGUUACUACUGUGUAUGCACAUUUAGCUUCUAGCUAUGUUAACGGCUUAAUAUAUCAUAAAUUCAACCUGUUUGAACUUCUGGACUUGUUUGGCGACAUAUUUCUGGCUUUACUUGUUUCCCUUCAUUCUUACCUUCGUCUGUUCGUGUCCCUCAUGAGUUGCGCUGGCAGUCCGCUUCGUCUUGAGCCCUCUUCUUCUCUGGCAGGCCAAGCUGCGCGUCUUGGCGGAGUGCCAGAGCCUGCUCCCACUAAGCCCAGUCCCGGCACACCCCGUCACCGCCAACCUGCCAGCCCUACGCUGCCGCUCUCCUUCUCAUUUUCUUCUGGAAAUGAUAAGCGCGCCUCCUGCAGUAGCCAGCUCCAGAUUCCGGUUGCCCCUCAGCCACAGUGCCUGACGUCCUCUGCCGGCACUCGCUACCCACCCAGAGAAGUGCCCCCGCGCUUCCGGCAGCAGGAGCACAAGCAGCUACUGAAGAGAGGCCAGCCGCUGCCUGCAGGAGCCUUCAGUGCACUCACACCCUCCUCUUCCUCUUUGUCACCUUCAUUACCUUACUCUUCAUCUUCUACAAGUACCAGCAGCACUAGCCCAGACUCUGCAGAGUUCACUGCAGGGAAACAACACUCAGACAUAUCUCCCAAGAGUGUCUCUGCUGCUCAGAUUUGCCAGUGGGGAGCCUCCUUGCAUGCUGACAGCAUCUCCAGUGCAAACAGCUGGAACAGAGGAAAUAUUGACGGAAGUGACACUGAAGCUUGGCCCUCCAUUAGCCGCAGUAGUGACCCCGGCCAACCUGCAGCACCAGAAUGCCCCUUGGGCUCAGCUAGCUUCAGCACAGAAGUCAGCGCUGUCACUACCGCCAGCAGUACUUUUCUGAGUAUGGCCACAGGUGCCACAGGCCAGCCGGCCCACUACACAUCUCUCAAAUCUAACAAUAACAUGAUGACAGGACCUGUGUCAGCCAACACAUUGUCUAGUAACAGAGGUUGGGGCUCAGAUGCCAAACAAGAUGGAAUGAACAGUGGGCGAGUAGGUACGCCCAAUCACUGGGGCUCACCCGGUUUUAACUUGAAUCUCAAUCCCAGUGCCAACCCAUCUGCCUGGCCUGUUCUCGGUCACGAGGGUGGUGGUGUUAUUAGCCCAAAUGGGGUCUCCGCCUCAUCUCACCCACCAGGCAAUGGGAAUGGAAACAUUGGGAACGGGAGCCUUGGAGGCACAAGCGGUUGUGGCGGAAGUUGGGUUAGCAUGGUUGGUGCUAAUGAAAAUGAACAGCAGCGCCCUUCAACUAACACAAGUUUGUCCUUCAAUAUGGAAACUAACCUUAACACUGAUGGACCAAACCACACCAAGCAACAAGCUCAGGAGCCUAUGAGCCCUGUCCAUGGGUUAACUGGCUGGGGAGGUCAGUCGCCUACUGAAUCAUCCCAACUUAAUGGAGACACAACAGGCAGCUCUGUAUGGGGUAGUGGAGAAACCAAGGCAGCUGACACCCCCAAGGACUCAGGCUGGGACGCAACUCCCCCUGCAGGUCUCUCUGCAUGGGGCCGCCAAGGUAGUAGUGGUGGUGGGAGUAAUGGAAGUGGUGGCUGGGGUGACUGGGGGAAAUCUUCAGGAGGUGGCGAUGCAUCGAAAGGCUGGGACUCUGUUGAUGCUGUCAUUUCAGGUUCAGGUCAAGAGCAACAACCUGGCUCAUGGGGUAAGCAGCCAGGAACUGCCCCAGCAAGUGAGGGUAGUGGGGACAGCAGAGAUGGCCAUUCUCACCACAGAGAUAGGUCCUCAAGCAUGGAUUAUACCCCUGUGUUACCUCGACAGGACCUGGACCCUAGGGUGCUGAGUAACACUGGUUGGGGACAGACUCCCAUCCGACAGCACACAGUGUGGGAGAUGGAGGAAGCAAAUUCUGAUGAUGGGAAAAGCAGCAGCAGCUCGGAUACAUUUGAAACUUCCAGUUCUAAUGGAGGGUCUGCGUGCACGAACGGAGGUACCGUCAACCCCAGCAUUGGUACCAAUCCGCGGCAUGGAUCUGAUGGAAAACAUGAAAGUGAAGAAUCAUCUGGCUGGGGAGCCUCUGCACCUCAGCAAGUCCAGACUGCAUCAGGAUGGGGUGAUCCCCCACAUUCACAGAAAGAAGCUACUAAUGGCACCACCAGUGGCUGGGGAGACCCCAUGCCUACCACUGGACCUAAAAAUGUAGGCAUGACAUCUUGGGGCUCUGAGGACAAGUCCCCUAGCUGGGACAGUGACAUGACAAAACGCCAGUCCACUAAUUGGGGGGAGGGCCCGCUUAGCUCUCGUGGUUGGGGAAGUAGUAAUGGGGGUGCCAACAGUUCUAACACGAGGGAUUGGGGAGAACCAGAGCGCAAGAACAGUGCGUCCCCCAGCAGCAUGUGGGAAGGGGAAGGGGGAAAUGGAGGAAAUGGGGGAUGGAAGGAAAAUCCGAGAGGAGGAAUUAGAGGAGGUGGUAAGCUUACUUCUUCUGUGAAUAACAGCUCUUGGGGAGAGACCUCCCGUGCUAACGGCCCAGUGCAGGGCACCUGGGGCUCCACCAAGCCGACUGAAAGCAGUAGCAGCAGCACUGGUAGUGGAGGAGGGGGUAGCAUUGGUUCUUGGGGAGGUCCUGGUUCUGUCAAACAGAACACCUCCAGCUGGAGCAAUGUCAGCAAACAGGACCCAGGCUUGGAAUCUACUGGUUGGGAGGAGCCCUCCCCUCCGUCUAUACGCAGGAAGAUGGAGAUUGAUGAUGGAACAUCCACCUGGGGAGAUCCUGGCACGUACAGCAAGACCGUCAACAUGUGGGAUCGCAAUAAUCCUAACAAUAAUCCAGGCAACAGCGGCCCACCCACCAUUAAGAAUGGUGGCAUGAUCACACCCAACAACAAUCACUCCGUUGGCCCUGGCAACAACAAUCACCACCACGGCAAUCCAAUGCACCACCGUCCUCACCAUGGCAAUGCGCCGAGCCAUCUCCAACAUCAACAUCAUGGAAACAGCUGUGGGCCACCCAACAGUUGUGUCCCACACCCAAGUGCAGGUCCCCAGGGUAGACCUCCUCUCGCUAACCCAGGCUGGGGAGAGCUUCCAAGUGUUCAGCCUAAGUCGGAGCCUGCUUGGGGAGAGCCUGCAGCUCCAACAUCAGCUGUGGAAAACGGCACCUCUGCUUGGGGCAAGCCUUCAGGGGGUGUCGGCGGAUGGGGAGAUGUUGGCCAUGAGCCCUCUGGACCUUAUGGCAGGGCCAACGGACCCUCCUGUACUGCACCUUGCAAGCCUGGUCCUAAACCUAUGCAAGACAGCUGGGGGAGCGGAGGGGAUGAAAUGGGCAUGUCUACAGGGCAGUGGGAAACUGAGGACGGGGACAUGUGGAGCAGCCCCACCUCACAGGAAAGCAGCUCCUCCUGCAAUUCUUGGGUAAAUGGACCCAAGAAGGGCCCGAGCAAGGGGAAGAUGAUUAACAAGCCGGAUGAGACCUGGAUCAUGAAUCGUCUCAUCAAACAGCUCACUGACAUGGGUUUUCCGCGAGAUCCUGCUGAGGAGGCAUUGAAGAGCAACAACAUGAAUCUUGACCAGGCCAUGAGCGCUCUGCUGGAGAAGAAGACUGACCUGGACAAGCGCAAUAUGAGCAUUUCUGAUUACAGCAACGGUCUGAACAAGCCACUGAUAUGUCGACCAUCCAUGCUCUCUAAAGAUCCCUCUGACCGCAACGCCUUCCUUGACAAGGAUGGCAUUCUUUCCGACGAUGCCACCCCAUCACCAUUUAUGCCUUCCCCCAGCCUGAAGCUCCCCCUGGCCAACAGUAGCCUUCCUGGGCAGAGUCUGGGACCGGGCAACUCGGGGCUGGCCAUGCAAAACUUGAACAACAGACAGAUAACCAGUGGAAUGUUUGGCAGCAGUGGAGCAGCACAAAGCCGGGCCAUGCAGCAGCAGCAUCCUCAGCCACCAGUGCCACCUCUCAGCUCCUCCAUGCCAAGUCUACGUGCUCAAGUGCCUCAGUUACUCUCCCCUCAGGUCCAAGCACAGCUCUUGCAGUUUGCAGCAAAAAACAUUGGUCUGAACCCUGCACUUUUAACCUCACCAAUAAACCCUCAACAAAUGACCCUAUUGUACCAACUUCAGCAACUGCAAAUGGCGUACCAGCGUUUACAAAUCCAGCAGCAGAUGAUGCAGGCGCAACGUAACGUUUCCGGUCCCAUUCGACAACAAGAGCAGCAAGUCGCACGCACAAUCACCAACAUGCAGCAGCAGAUCCAGCAGCACCAGCGUCAGCUCUACCAGGCGCUGCUGAUGAAGCAGCAGCAGCAGCUUCCCUCCCAUUCCGCCUCCUCGCAAGCUGGUCUGCAUGCCCCCGGUGGCCCCACCGGAGGCUCCGGAUCUGCAAAAUCAACCCUGGACCCUUUCACAGGCCCACAUCACGCCCCGGGCCUGACCGACACACUGCACACCAAAGAGCCGCUGUCUUCACCCAACGCCUACAGCCCCUAUUCUCUUUCUGGACUGAAUCCAAACAUGAAUGUAAACUGCAUCGAGGUUGGGGGUCUGUCUAUGAAAGAGCCCCCUCAGCCCCAGUCCCGCCUGUCCCAGUGGACGCACUCCAACUCCAUGGACAGCCUCGGUGGUAACACCUCAAACCUGGAGAACAACCUCAACAAACACGGUGCCAUAUCUGCUGCCUCUACCCUGGGGCCCCCUGGGAAGCCCUCACAGCUGGAAGAUUCCUACAGCCCAUACAAUCUGAUGUCCAACUCGGACUCCCCCGCCAACUCUUUGGUACCCCCAGACAGCUGGGGCCAAGGCAAGAACCCCAAUGAAAAGAUCACCAACGGGACCAACAUUAACUGGCCCCCUGAAUUCUGCCCAGGUGUGCCAUGGAAAGGCCUUCAGAACAUUGACCCUGAGAAUGACCCCAAUAUGACCCCUGGCAGCGUCCCCAGCGGUCCCACCAUCAACACCAACAUCCAUGACGUCAACAGAUACCUGCUGCGUGACAGGAAUGGCGGCAAACUGUCUGACGUGAAGUCCACCUGGUCCACGGGGUCCAUAACCCAGAACCAAGCCUCUCUGACCCACGAGCUGUGGAAAGUCCCUCAGGGCCCACGCGGGUCCGCUGCCCCAUCGCGACCCCCACCAGGCCUCACCAACACCAAGCCUUCCUCCACCUGGGGGGGCAACUCGCUGGGCUUGGCUCAAGGAUGGAGCGGCUCUUACGCCUCUGAGGGAACCACCUGGAGUACGGACAGCUCCAACAGGACCAGCAGCUGGCUGGUGCUGAGGAAUCUCACACCUCAAAUUGACGGUUCGACCCUGCGGACCCUGUGCAUGCAGCACGGCCCUUUGAUCACAUUCCACCUCAACCUGACCCAAGGGAACGCCGUGGUGCGCUACAGCUCCAAGGAUGAGGCCGCUAAGGCCCAGAAGUCUCUGCACAUGUGUGUGUUAGGUAACACCACCAUCCUGGCAGAGUUUGCUGGCGAGGAGGAGGUAAACCGCUUCUUUGCACAAGGCCAGUCGCUGACCUCAAACAACACCACCAGCUGGCAGGCCAACCCAGGAACCAAUCAGAAUCGAAUGGGCGGGGCAGCGGCGUCCCACUCCAUGGGCCAAUGGAGCAGCGGCGGAGGAGGAGGCAAGGCCAGCGGAGGCGACCUGCUUUGGGGGGGAGUGCCCCAGUACUCCAGCCUGUGGGGGCCUCCUAGUGGGGAGGAUGCCCGCGGGAUCAGGAGCCCCACCCCCAUUAACACCCUGCUGCCUGGAGAUCUGCUGAGUGGGGAGUCCAUGUAGGCGGAUGCCACAGUACAGUACCGCACCACCACUACAUUGAGGUUCUACCAACAGGAGCAAAACCCAAGCAAAUCAUGUGGCGAUAAUCAGCACCAUUUUAAAACUUUCUGGAACUGUGAAUUAGGAAACGGAAGACUGAGGGCUCACCAGGCCUUCUGUUUCUUUGAUGUUUUACUUUUUAUUCCUUUAUUUUGCAACCUAAAAAACUAACUCAAACACGACACAAAGAAACCUUUUUGUUUUUUAGGAGAAGCAAUCAAAGCUGCCAUCUAUCUUUUCCCUCCAAGAAGAAAUCAUCCGAAACAGAGUAGUCUCGCAAGCGACCAUUCCCAGCAUGCCCGUGGCCAAUGAUGUGGUUGGGUGACCUUUACUCGUUACUUUUUGUUUCUCAGCACUAAUAUUAGCCUUAAGUGCUCUCCGGGUCCUUUCUAAGCCGCCUUUUUGUUGUUGUUGAUAAACUGAAGAAGCAGACGGAAUCUUGCACAGUUGUUGACCUCUUGAGCCAGCGCCACGUGACUGGAGACCAACUCUCCAGGGGAGGCCCGGCUCUUCGGAUUCUUCACUUUUCCAGACGCUGACAGCUGGUUCGUUUUUCUGAUGUCCGUCCCCCAAUAUAUAAGCUCUGAGGGACUGCGGCGGCGGCCAAUCACUGACGAGAACUUCACGGUCACCUGCAGUUCACUCACUGGUGCUUUGUGGAAUCUUCUACACCGUUUCUGGAAGUGUCAACGCAGGAAAGAGGAUGUGGGCUUUAAUCCUUUUUAACGUGACAGUUUACAUUGUGCAAUAUACACCGUAGAACUUUCUGUCCGUCCCAUCGGAGCUGGUCGCUUUUUGGAACUUGAAAGACGUUUUUUAUGGAUUCCCUCCAGAGCGCUCUUGGAAAAUCUGUGCAAAGAAGGAGAAGCAGCAGCAGCUUGGACUGCGAUGCACAUUUCCUGUCUGCGUGCCGCACCCUCAGCCAACAAGAGACUGGAACCAAUUGGAUGCCUCUGGGUGUCUGGCACAAUACCAAAUUUUAA